UACUGCUAUUAAUAUUUUAACCUCUCCAUGGUAAUACGCGUGUGACUCUGUACUCAUAUACGUUUAAGGCAAUAUAAAACAGCCAUGGCUUUUUGACAAGUCAUGUAAACUCGUGUACAUUCGUUUUUUUAUUUCUAAACACUUGAGAUGCCGUAAGCGACUAACUCCGUCUGGACUGAACAGGAUGGAGAGUGUAUCGGAUUUUCUGCGCUAUGAGGAGAAAAUAAAGUCCACGUUGCACUGUGAGGACAAAGAAAAGUUAAGAAAAAAGUUGGCUCUAUUACAAAAGGAGUAUCUCAGAACAGCACAGAGGCUACAGCGAGCUGAGCGUUUGGAAGCAGCCCGCAAACAUGAAAGAAGCAAAAUAUCUGAGCAGAACAAGCAAGUCCAGAAAGAACCAGAUGUGUCUUCUCGUCUGACUGGGGACACUAGCGGAGCUGCACAUGGGCCUCAGUGCCACAGAGGUCCAUCUUCAGAAGAAAAUCCCAGACCAUUGAUUGGAUUCCAGCUUACCACUGAUCCCUCCUGUCCUUUUACACCUGACAUUGACCAAGACACAAGCCAGGGCAACAGGUCCAGCCCAUCCCUCCGUCUCAGGUCGCGUCGCAGCCGGCUGCGCUUGGAAAAGAGGAUUGCUGAGUCAGCUGGUCGCACAUGCCACAGCCAGGAAGGUCAGAACCGGACUGAAGAGACUUCCUCAGAGCCGGUCAAGGACGGUGAUAAAAUCGUGAAUGGAAGGGAGGACUUGAUUUUGGAUUCGCAGUCCUUGCUGCUGCCACAUUGGAACUCACAGGGAGAGAGAGUGGAUGCUGUGAACAAAGAGGGUCAAAUUAGCAAAGAACUGCAUGAUGGGAGGGAAUCAGACAAUAGUUUUCACAUCACCUCUGAGGCUCAAAAUGAAGGUUUAAGGCAGGGAUCAUCACAUGUUGAAGAAAAGAUGGAUGGGCAAAACAAAGAUGAGAAUGUUCAACAAACUAAACAAGAAGAGACAUCUAUGGGACCAGAACAAGGUUCCAGUCUACUGGACUCCUGUACUCUGGUGGAAGGACUGCUCUUCCCAGCCGAAUACUACGUCCGGACCACUAGACGGAUGGCGUUAUCUCACAGCCAACCAGACAUGCAGGCUGUUAUACUCUCACAGCUCAGCGUGGGCCGACCUCGCCGGAGCCGGGGAGCCAGAGGACAUGGAUGUAACGUCUCAUUGGCAUCUAAAAACACACAGAGUGAAUCGUUGGCGAGUGUGAAUGAGUCCGAUCAGGGCAUGCAGGGGGUUCAAACAUCCAUAGAGCUCAGCGGUAACACUCCUGACUCCGGUGAUGUCAAGACAGAGAGCUUUCCAUCCACUUCAGUAUGCAACUCAAGAAGAGGGAAGAGAAAGAGAGGGCGGGGUCGGGGGAAGCCUACAUCUUCCAGAUGCCCUCCACAAAGGAACAUGCCUCAACAAAACUUGAAUCAAUCCUGUAGUGAGAACUCAAGCAACCCACUCUCUUCAGCUUCAUCUAGCCACAGCCCUGAUACGCUGAGCCCAGUUGUCAUUUCACAAAAGGUGGCAAUGGAUGAUGUUCUUUUGCAAGGAUCUCCAUCGACAGUCGGGGAAGCUCAGACCAGGCCGACAGAAAAAGUCUAUCCAAUCUUUUUAAAGAGCAGCAGCCAGAACUCGACGUCACUGACACCAAAUGGCGAGAGCCUCCAGCCUCUUUCUCUUCCCUCUACGCCGUCCACCCAGUCAUCUUUGCUCCCACUGCCCUCUCUCCUGCCCCACACCCUCCUCAACUGCAUGGAGAACCUCGAUCUACAGCAGGAUUUCUACCUCCCCGACGAUCAGUUUGCAUCGCUCAAGCUUCAGAAGCUCACGCAAGUGUCUUUGGGAUUCGCUGUAGAAGACUUCACAUCAUCAAAUGCUUCCAGCCACUCUCGCGUUCCGCUGAGUGACCCGAAAUCACCUCUUACCCUGCCGAGUACUCUCACACCUACUGUAAGUUUUGGACCACGGCUCCCUGUCAACAAGUGCUCUGAUGGAACAGAGGAGGAAAGGAAUGCAACUUUUGGAGAAUGUGCCGUCCAGAGUAACACUAGAUCGAUGGAGGGGUUGCUGAAGGAUCCAGGUUGUAAUCAAGAUGACAAGCAGGUGAAUAGAUGGAUGGAUCCUGAUCCCCCUACAGCAGUGACGAACAGUUCAGAAGCUGCGUCUGACAGUGUGCUAACUGGCCUUCAGUCCACCGAAUGUUCCAACAUCCAAUAUGAAACCAAACUUGCAGACUUAAAGAAGAGAGAUCUGGAACCUUCCCAAAGCUCUAGAGCAGAACCAGCAGCUAAAUGUCCAAAGCCAGUCCACAAGGUCAACACCCAGCUGCUGCUGAGCCCCUCACCCGCGCCUGACUCCAGUCCAAUCCUUCCCACUCUGGGAUUCACCCCGCUCCAUGACAUCCCUCCUGCCCGCCUCACCUCCUCUCCCGCUGCCCCCGUCCUCUCCCUGCCUCCCUCUCCUAGCCCCUCCACCUUGUCUCUCUCACCUCCCGUGCUCUCUCCUUCAUGUUCUCCUUCUGCUGCACUUUUAUCACGACUCACAUCCAUCAAUGACUCAGUACCUCGUGAUCAGGGAGGAAACAGGACUCUCACAUUGAAGGCCCCUGCAGGAGCUGCUCUGGUGGAUGUUUGUUGUCCUGUCAUCUCUAGUGGCCACAUUCUUGUGGCAGUGGCAGGAAAACAGACUGUGUUUUUGUGCAGUCUGACCUCACACACCGACUGGACGUCAACUCACACAUGGACCUUUAACAUGCCUGUGAUCAACAUGCUCCCCAUCCCGGACUCAGAUGGGCUGCUGUGUGUGACUCUGGGAGAGCUGGAGAUCAGAGAAGUCAGGUACAAGAAGCCACUUGUUCACACUUGGAUAACCGUUGUGUUCACAGCUCAUAGACUGUUUGUGUCCAGGGUGUUGUCCUGCGUCCGACUUGCAGAUGUCCUUCUGUGUGCUGCGCUUGUCGACACCGUCGUGGCCACGCCAGAGUCCAGGGUCGUCACCUCCUGUUCCGAUAGUUUUGGUUCCACCCUGCAGGUCUUCACGCUGUCCGACAACGACGGACCUCAGAGAUCUCAGACCCUGGUGCGUCCUGGUGCAUGUGUCCGGGCCCUCGCUGCAGUGGAGGGACUCUCGGACGCUCUGCUUGGUUGUGAUGAAGCCGGACAUCUGUUCAUCUGGAAUAUAAGGACUGGACAACUGUUGCAGAAGAUCGUUUUAGCAGAAGGUUUAUCUCAUGCUGUCUGUCUCAGAGGAUACUCCGAAAAAGGUCUUUUGUUGGUACUUCUGCAAGAUCACUACCUCAGCUGUGGGGAGGGAGACAAAGAGGAGAAUGCUGUGUUCUCUUUGCUUGCCAUCAAUCCUCUGAGUGGAAAGUCAGUCUUGGUUUCUUCCCUCUACCCCCCCAAAAGUUGGUGUGGCAGGUUGUGCGAUGCUGACGUCAGCGGCUCCAGGGUCGUGGGGAUCAGCCAGAGCGGAUGUGUGUGUGUUUGGGAGCUGCGGCAGGCGACCGGACGGAUGGUGACGAGUCCUGGUCCGGAAGCUAAAUGGUCGUUGGCUCGCUGGAGUGGAAACAUGCUGAUCACUGCUCAGCAUUCUGGACACAUCACCCUCCACUUCUCUCUGUGACAGUCUUUUAUCAGUGUCACUGGA